UUUACAUUUGUUGAAAGACACUAAUCUGAUGGAAUCUCAAACAAAUAUCGUUAAAAAUUCAACCAAUAUACUUUUAAAAAUUCUUCAAAAAAAUGUGACAAUUCUUAGAAAUGAAGCUGAUUAUGGAAUACAAUUAGAUUAUGAAUUAGAGACAAAACUCGAAUGGUUUAACAAAAUAAAAAGCAAUUUUGCUGAUAAGCUCAAAUCAUUGUGGAGCUUGGCAGAAAUACAUUGUCCAGUAAAUGAUGAAAUUAAAAAAUUUGCGAAUCAUAUUUUUCAUUUAUGGACAAUCAUGAAUCAACAGAUUUGCAAACAAUAUUCUAAAAUUCAAAUAAUAAGCCACACUCUACCAAAUAUUUCAUUAUCCUCUCUUCUGGAUAAAAUUAGAAAAGAAGCCAUUAUGGUAAAGACAAAAUUACAGGCUAGUGAAGUGACAUGUAAUUUAAAUGAUGUACUAAUAGGAUAUAACUUGUUUAAUGAAAUUGUAGAAUUAUUAAAUAAUCUUGAAAGAUAUGAUAAUAAGGUGCAACAAUACUUAAUAAUGUCAAAAAUGGUCCCAUAUAUUCUUAAAUUAGAAUCAACAAUUGAUAAAUUUGUAUCAAAUACUGCAUUAUUACCAAAAAAUCAAUUAGUUUCCUCAGAACUUAAUGUCUUUUUAUUUGUAUCCAAAUUAUUAACUGGUGAACUUAUGGGUAAUGAAAUUAUAAACCCAUAUUAUAUAUUAGCAGAAAAUAUAACAAAAAAACCAGUUUUUAUAAUAAAAAGUAAUAAACGAAAAAUCGAUGUACCAGUUCUAUCUACAGUUAAAUUGUUAAAAAGUACUACAUAAUUUGUAAUUUUAAAUAUUAUUGGAUCAGUUAAAAAUUUAAUAAUGAAUUUUUAUAAAAUAAAAAUAUUAAUUUCGUUAUAUUAGAAUGAAGAAUAACAAUUUUUGAACUCUUCUUUAAGAUUAUAUAUUUGGCAACAUAUUAAAUAUACAGCUAUUAAAUAUAAGCCAAUAGCCUUUUUUGAAAUAAAAGUAUGUAUGUCCUAUGAAUAUUACGAAGAAUAUAUGCAACUUAAUAGUUUACAAUUUAUAAACAUAUGAAAACUAGUAUAAUAUCAGUAAUAAUGCAUCAUAAUAAUUGUACAUUCUUUAAAAUGUAAUGAGACUAUAUUGUUACAGUUUCUAUCUCAAAAAUAGUCAUUAACAAUAAUUUAAAUUUAAUAUUGAGAAAUAUAAUAGAUCAAAGUUUAAUGAAUACAGAAAAUGAGAGUGAAAAUAAAAAGAUGAGACAUAAUAUAUCAAAUCAGUUAUAUACUAACGGUUGUUUAACAACAAAUAAAACGGUCCUUAUAUACAUGAAGUUCUCGCGCAUAUUUAAUAUUUAUAUUAAAAAAUGCCUUCAAGAUCAGGAACAGAAGUUGGUGGUGCAAGACUUAAAGAGAAAUUUUUAGUACGCAUAAAUUCUGG